AUGACAAAGCCACACGCACUUUUUCCAAGUUCGUCGUCGUCGUCAUCUAACUUAGGGAUCGAUCAGAGAGUAGGCUCGAACAUGAUCAUCUCAAAACUCAAGCCAAAGAUCAGAGUUAUUCAUGUUGAUGCACCGAGAAUCAUACAAACCGAUGCUGCGAAUUUCAGAGAUCUUGUUCAGAGAUUGACUGGAAAACCAGAAGAUGAUGAUGAUGAUGAUAGAAGGAGGAGGAGGAUUCCACCAAACACCAAAGAUCUGACGGAAAACGAAGAAGAAGAAGACGACUUUCUGGGUCUGCGAAAUAUGAAAAGGAUCAAGCAUGAAGGCGAAGAAGAAGAUCAUGAUGAGAUAUCGAGAACAAGGUCAAAGUCAAAGUCCAGGUUGAGUGGUUUCUUUGAUCAUGGCUUCUCAGAAUUGGAUGGUUUCAUCGAACAGUUAAGUACUAUGGACUAA